AUGAACAGUCUUCAAGAAAGAAUAUAUGUUGUAAAAUUAAUCGGUAGUAUUUUAGAAACAUAUCCAACAGUUAAUGGUAUUAAUUUUGAUUUAGAUUUAGUUUUAAAUGCAGCAACCGAAAAGUUCCAACAUGAACAACCACCAUUUUACACCAAAUAUUCAGUUUACAUUGAUAUUUUAAUGAUGCAAAUGCUUAAUGAUAAAGAAAGAACUUUAAACGAAUGGAACGAAAUAUUUGAUGCUGCAGGUUUCAAAUUAGAAAAGGUUGUACCAGAAAUUAAAACUGGUUGUAUGAUUAUUUCAAAAAAAGAUUAA